AUGGCCAUGGCGUCGGGCCCAGUGAAGCGCCCCUCCUCCACGCUGGAUUUCCACAAUAGCAAGCGCCCGAAGAACUACUAUCACCACCACCACCGUUUGCAGGAGCCAGUCACGCUUCCCCCAUUCACCGAGCCUGCUGUCCAGGAUGACGCCAAUAUCGACCACAUGAUGAAUCGCUCGAUCGGGCAGGCCCUGAGACAUGAAGGAUUUGAGAUGGCCGAUCCUGCGGCUUUGUCGAGCUUGCGCAGCUCCGCAGAGGAGUAUCUCUUUAAAAUAUCUACAUAUGUGCGCCAAUCGAUGAUGGCAUCUCGCCGUAUUCAGCCUAUUCCGCAUGAUAUCGAGCACGCGCUCAUUCGCUGCCGCGUCUCCCUUGACGAUCUUCUUCCCUCCCUCAAAUCAACCCGACCCGUAGCACCCACCCCGAUUCUCCCUCCAUCUCCUCCACCCGAGGAUGAGGUCACUCGCAAACUUCCAUUCUUGAACGCAUUAAAGGGCGCUGAGGGCCUGACGAACCGUUCCUACGUCCCCAAGCACUUCCCCGACUUCCCAAGCAAACACACCUACUCUACUACAGCGGUCUUCACAGAAAGAGAGAGCGACCCGCGCCAGAUUCGAGAACGGGCUGCCGAAGAUGGACGACAUGGUGAAGAGGCGUUGCGAAAGCUGGCGAGCGCCGCGUUCCGCGAUAAUCCGACAAGCGCGAGCGGCAAGGACAAGAAGCUCUGGGGUCGACGAAUGGAAAGCAUGGAGACUAUGUUUGAGAAAACGGUCAAGGGACUUGCGAAGAGAUUGCCAAAGAACCCGCUCGCCUCCGCAUCUGAGCCGAUGGGCUUCGGAUUGAGUUCGUCGAUGGAUCUCGAUCUAGGGCCAGCCGAUGGAUACGGGAAGGCGCGGUCCAAGAUAUCGUGGAAUAUUGAAAUGGGCCCUAUUGUGAAUUGCGAGCGAGAUCUAUGGCGGCGCACGACCGCGAGCGGACAGGGAGAAGAGAAGACGUCCAAGCCAUCCACUAGUAUCGAGCUUACGGAUGGUGGUGGUUUCUAG